AUGAGUUCUGGAAGAGGACCCGGAAACAGCGGCUCAGGACAGCCUGCCCGGAGACAGGUCGCCUUGAAGUCGAUGGCUGGGACAAGCGGUAGUGGAAUGGCGCAGGGCGAGGGCUCCAAGCGGAAUUCAUCGGCUUCUGGAGGCCGCAAGUAUGCCUCCCGUGCUUGCUGUGAUGGGAAUCCUUGUUCAUCAUGCCGCAAAGAAGGUGUUGCGUGUGUAAUGGAUCUUCAGUCAGAUCAGCGCCGACAGAUGAAUCGUACAAGUCGCAAUGCUCGGGAUAGACUCCAGGAGAAGUUGGUCGACGUCAUGCGCUGUGCACCAUUGUCUGACGCGCAGCUGAUGUUCGAGGCCAUCAGGCACGACUCGGUACCAGCCCAACUAGAGACCUUGGCUGACCAGUUGCUGUCGAAGGUGGCCGAUGUCUCUGACACCAACGGCUUUGACCACGACGGUUCCUUUCAGUUGGACGGGUCCCAGCUUUCCGAUAUCGUCGAUGAUAACGAUCAGGACCUCGCUGCUUCGGAAUUGUCCUAUACAGCUGCGGCUGGCUCGUGCGACCACACAGACGAUGAUGUUCCAAGUGUGCUCUCAGCUUCAUCCUGGCCAGCAGUUGGCAUUCACAUUGACCGGGCGCAGAUCCUCCAGGCCAUGCUGAGUUUCGUGGAGGCAGCCAGAUCACAGUUGGCGAGUGGCAUGAUGGACCCCGUCGUUAGCCUCAGCCUGACUGGACUUGACCUCGAUUUGUUCUUCAGGGAUCGCAUGGCCUCUGAUGCUCAUACAGUCUCAACAUGGGCAUAUGUCGGAACCACGGACUACAAUGGCUGA